AUGUCCACCAGGGUUUGCAAGUUCUAUGCCCGAGGGAUAUGCUUGAAAGGGGAUCAAUGUGAUUUUUCUCAUCAAAGAAAGGAUACUCAUCAAAGAAAGGAUACUCUGGUUGAUAAACAGAUUUGCUCCUAUUAUCAGAAAGGGUCUUGUGCUUAUGGUAGUCGGUGCAGAUAUAAGCAUGUCAAACCUUCUCAAGCAUCAUCUUCAGCAUCUUUGGUUCCAAAUUGUGCUGUGCCUCACGGUGUUAAACUAGCACCAAGUUGGGUUCCGAAGGUUACAAGAGUUCCUCCUCCACCUUGCAAGAAUGGCGUAAGGAGUUUUCAACACAACCAUCAGGACUCUAGCGAUGUUGGUGAAUCUAGUAGUACCGGUACUAGUGCUAGACUGCAUGGACAUUUGUUUUGUAAAUUUGCCGCAGCAAACUGCCCCUUUGGACAUGGAUGUUCUCGUGUUCAUGGAAACCAAUGCUUGUACUGUAGAAAAUAUUGCUUACAUCCUAGUGAUAAAAGAGAAAAGGAAAAUCAUUUGAAGACUUGUGACAAAAAGGAAAAGUACAUUCUGGCUUUGAAAAAUAGCGAAGAGAUUGAAUGCAAUGUUUGUCUCGAGCGUGUCCUUUCCAAACCCAAACCAUCAGAACGUAAGUUUGGGUUGCUUCCAGAAUGUGACCAUGCUUUCUGUUUGUCAUGUAUCCGCAAUUGGCGUAAUAGUGCCCCAGCCUCUGAAUUGGAAACGGGUAAUAAUGUCAAUACAGUUAGAACCUGCCCUGUUUGCCGCCAACUAUCAUAUUUUGUCAUUCCAAGUGGUAUUUGGUAUACUACAAAGGAAGAAAAACAGGACAUUAUUGAUAACUACAAGGCAAACUGCAGAUUGAUUGAUUGCAAACAUUUUGAAUCUGGUAAUGGGAAUUGUCCAUUUGGGGCUAGUUGUUUUUACAAGCAUACAGUGAAGCCUGGCUCAUACACAUGGAUACACCACAGGCCACCACCUCAACGUAAAGAAAACAAUUUUGAUAUGUAUGACAUGUUGGACAUGCUCAGUGAAGUCGAUCUAUCAAGCGGAGAAUUUUAUUCCAUCAUGAGGGACUCAGAUUUUUUUGAUGAGGUGGAUCCAUUAGAGAUGAUGGCUUUAUCAGAUUCUCUGGCUGGUGGUUCAGUUCCUUGUUUGGGUCCUUUUGAGUCUGAUGAUGAGGGGGAGACCUUCGAAUUUUUUCGAAGGGCUGCUAUGUCAGAGGCUCUAGAUAACCUGGAUGAUUUUGGCCCAGAUGAUUUUGGUCCAGAUGAUUUUGGCCCAGAUGAUUUCGACCCAGAUGAUUUCGAUGAAUUGGAUCCUAUGGAGGCAGCCUUGAUAUCAAUGAUGAUGCAUUCCCAUAUUGAAGAAAAUAGCGAGGAUGAAUAUUAG